AUGGAUGCCCCCAUACAGAUUUUCCGUGAGGAGCCAGACUCCACCUGCUCCCCAGGGCCCUGCCGACCGCCCAGCACCAGCAGCAGCUGGCUCCCGGGCUGGGCAGACUACGACAGCAACUCCACCGGGCUCUUUGGGGACAGCCAGCACAACCACACCAGCAUCUCCCCCGCCAUCCCCAUCAUCAUCACUGCUGUCUACUCCGUGGUCUUCGUGGUCGGCUUGGUUGGAAACUCCCUGGUCAUGUUUGUCAUCAUAAGGUACACAAAGAUGAAGACAGCGACCAACAUCUACAUCUUCAACCUGGCUAUGGCAGAUGCACUUGUUACCACGACCAUGCCUUUCCAAAGCACCGAGUACCUGAUGAACUCCUGGCCCUUUGGUGAUGUGCUGUGUAAAAUAGUGAUUUCUAUUGACUAUUAUAACAUGUUCACCAGCAUUUUCACACUCACCAUGAUGAGUGUUGAUCGAUACAUUGCUGUGUGUCACCCUGUGAAGGCUCUGGACUUCCGUACACCUCUCAAAGCAAAGAUAAUCAACAUCUGUAUCUGGCUGCUGUCCUCAUCUGUUGGUAUAUCAGCAAUAGUUCUUGGAGGCACCAAAGUGAGGGAAGAUACUGCUAGCACUGAAUGCUCCUUGCAGUUUCCAGACAGAGAUUAUGUGUGGUGGGACAUCUUCAUGAAAAUCUGUGUCUUCGUCUUUGCAUUUGUUAUUCCAGUUCUCAUUAUAAUUGUUUGCUAUACUCUGAUGAUUCUGCGCCUGAAAAGCGUACGGCUUCUCUCCGGGUCGCGAGAAAAGGAUCGAAACCUGCGUCGUAUCACCAGGUUGGUUCUCGUGGUUGUGGCAGUUUUUAUUAUCUGCUGGACUCCUAUCCACAUUUUUGUGCUGGUUGAGGCCCUAGGAGAUGUGUCCCACAGUACUGCUGCCAUAUCCAGCUAUUACUUCUGCAUUGCUUUGGGUUACACCAACAGCAGCCUCAACCCAAUCCUUUAUGCGUUUUUGGAUGAAAACUUCAAGAGAUGCUUCAAGGACUUCUGUUUCCCCUUCAAGAUGAGGAUGGACAGGCAGAGCACCAGCAGAGUCAGAAACACUGUGCAAGACCCAGCUUACAUGAGGGAAGCAGGUGGGACAAACAAACCUGUAUGA